AUGGCCCUUUCUGUGUCGCUUGAGGAGCAGUUCAAGUGCUGCAUCUGUCUGGACAGCUACACCAAACCCACCUCCAUCCCAUGUGGACAUAACUUUUGCCUGGACUGCAUCGAAAACUUUUGGGACACUAAGGACCAUUUUGAGUGUCCACUGUGCAAAGAGACAUACAGCGAGCGUCCGCAACUCAGGAUCAACCGAGCAUAUGCUGACAUCAUUGAUUUCUACAGAAGGUCACAAGAGGAGGAUGUGGACCCUGUGGUGUCACCAGGAAGCAGGAGACAAUCCCUAAACACCGAAGAAGUUCCAUGUGACAUCUGCCAAGGAGACAAGUCGACAUCGGUCAAGUCGUGCCACACAUGCCAGGUGUCUUAUUGUGAACUUCACCUCACACCACACCAGAGGGAUCCAGCGCUGCAGAGACACCGGCUGAAGGAUCCUUCCAUCUUCACCAGCAGUCACCUCUGCAGAGACCACAACCAGCUGCUGACCAAGUUCUGCACGAAAGACCAGAUGCCUGUUUGUGAGCAAUGCAUCGAGAAGGACCACAAACACCACAAUACUGUAUGCAUGGACAAGGAGAGGAAGAGGGUCAAGACUUGUUUGAAGGACACGAAGGCCAGCAUUAAACAGAUGAUCCAUGCAAGACUGAUAAAAAUGAAGGAGAUCCAACAUUCAGUGGAUCUGAGCAAAAAAACCACAGAUAAGGAGAUACAGAGCAGCGUUCAGUUCUGCAGCAUGCUGAUUACAGCCAUCGAGAGACACCAGGUGGAGCUGGUGGAGGAGCUGGAGGAGAAGCAGCAAGAAGCUGAGAGGAGAGCCUACGAUAUGUUCGAGGACCUGGCGCGGGAGGUCAAUGAGCUGCAGGCGAAAGGCAGAGAGCUGCUGAGUCUGGUGCACACUCAGAACCCACUUUACCUCCUACAGAGUUUCCCUUCUGUAAGUCGACUCCCAUCCACGAGAGACUGGUCUGAGGUCACAAUCUACUCAGAUAACUGCAUGAGCACGGUGACGAGAGCCGUCUCCAAGCUUGUGGACGUCUGCCAGGAACUUGCAAACAAAUUUACUUCAGAUGAAACUGACAAGAUGAAUCAAUAUGCAGUCAAUAUCACACUGGAUCCUGAGACUGCUUGCGGCUGGCUGGUCCUGUCUCCGGACAGAAAGAAGGUAAGCGUCAGCAGCCAGAAGAAGAGUGCCGCACUCCCAGACAAUCCUCAGAGGUUUAACUCCUGCGUCUGCGUUUUGGGUAAACAAAGCUUCACAUCUGGAAGAGGCUACUGGGUUGUUCAGGUUGGGGAUAAAACAGACUGGGAUCUGGGCGUGGCUAGGGAGUCCAUCAACAGAAAGGGGGCCAUCACGGUUCGUCCUGACAGCGGUUUCUGGGCCAUCUGCAAGCGUAAAGGCGGCAGUCUCAUCGCCUGCGCCAAACCCUCUAUCACCCUCAACCUGAAGGAAUCCCCCCUGAAUGUAGGCGUCUUCCUGGACUAUGAGGAAGGGUCAGUGUCCUUCUUCGACGCAGAUGCAAAGACCCACAUUUACACUUACGGCGGGUGUGACUUUACUGAGGCCCUCUACCCAUACUUUAACCCCUGUGUUCAAGAUAAUGGGAAGAACACCGCCCCGUUGAUUAUCUGUCCUGUUGAGGGAAGAGUUAGGGAAGGACGGGACAUAACUAUUGAGUCAGCUGUUUGAAGGAUGAUGUGAACUGAUGUCACAAUAUUUAAGUUCACAUAUAUAUUAUAUUAUGUCCUUUGUACUUUAACAGUAUUUGACAAACACUGGCUUGCAACAGGCCAACAUUUAUGAGUUGUUUGUUUUCAAUAACACAUGACAAACUCAAUGCAAGGUUUUCACUAUUUCUUAUAUUAUGAAUUGUUUUCCUGGUUUAUCAUUUAAAUGAUAUAUAUAUGUAUAUAAAAUGCUUUAAAUGCAGUUGGAUGCACU